AGGUCGCGCCAGAGCAAAAGGGUCUGUUAACCACUGGCGAUUUGAACCCCUCUUUCUCUCUCUUCUGUCUGAUCACCACGUGGAAAUUUCGAAGUGCGUUGUCACACUGUUCACUAUAUACCAACAGCAUGCAGACCAAAGUAACUGUGUAUGAUCUUCUCGUUCAGGAAGCCUUUCGAGGGGAGUUGUUAUCGUCAAAAAGUUUUCACCUUUCGCUUGGAUUUCGAUGGAGUCGACAAUCCAGGUUGAUCAGAUUGAUUUCUUCAAGCGAGACGGCAAUACUACUCCACAUUUCUUGCACCGAUUCUUUCCGGAGAAGCCAGCAAACUCUGAGUCAUCUACCAAUGUGAAAGAAUUAAACCUUUCCCUCAGUCUUUCUAUGGGCGGGUUCUAUAGUCAAAAUGCCGAAGAAAUGCCUUUGACGAGGUCUUCAACCAUUCCUGGAGAAAUUACUCUCGUGGCUCAUAAUGGGGUUCAUUGGAAUUCCUCUGCUGCUUUGGAUAGGUCCUCUUCCCUUCCCGUGGAGGCUGAGAGGACUCUCGUGAGGUUUGGGGAUUUGCAGACGAUGAGAAGGGCAGAAACUGGUAGGAGAUGGCUCCAAGAGAGGCUGAAGAGAGCGGCGGAGGCUGCGGCAGCGAAAAAGUUUGCGGCCGCUGUAACUGCUUCAAAGGUUCCUGCAUCUAAUGCCUCUGUCAACCUCAUGGUAAUGGCAAAUCCUUCUGUGGAUUCAUCAAAGCAUGAGGGUGGGAUCGUGAAUAAUUCAUGCGGCAUGCCCUACACAGGCCCAAGAGGUUUGGCUGAAGUGGGAGCCAAUUCCAACAUCCACACAUCAUCCAACAAGGGCAAAGGGAUCAUGUUUUGCCCAAAACCAAUUACUACGGUUUUGCCACCGAGGCCCGCAAAUACUAGACAAGAGAAUCCACCGAAAAGGCCUAAGCUUAGACCUUUAGAACCAUGCGGUCUUAGAUAUGAAGAUUUGGCGGUCCUAAGCAGAAUGCCGACUGUGACUACCACCGGAGAUGGCCCUGGUGGGAAGAGAAUACAAGGCUUUCUUUAUACUUAUAGGGGAGGCCAAGUCAGCAUUGUCUGUGUUUGCCAUGGCAACUUCCUGACUCCAGAAGGAUUCGUGCGGCAUGCUGGCGGCAAGGAUGUGGCCAAUCCUAUGAAGCAUAUCACUGUCUGCCCCAACCCCUUUUAAGUGUCUUCGUCACUCACCCAUCUUAGGAUGUACAGAGGAAACAAAGAAAAAUAUGUAUCCUUACAUAGUUGUCCAUAUUGUCUGCUCCUUUAGGUGAAGGAAAACUAAACUCCAACUAAGAUGGUUUUUCCUUCUAGUAAGAACUUCUAAUAAUUUUCUUUUACUAGAUAGUUACAAUUUCAAUACUUGAAUGGGCAAAACAGAAGACUUCAUCUUGGAGAAGACAGUAUUUCUGAUGUAAUGAAACUCUUGCUGGUAUACACCAUGAUGUUAUUAUCUUGGUAUUGAAGUUUAA